UGUCGUUGUUGCUGUUUCUGUCCCCAAUCCUCUGCUGUUAUAUAUAGGCCUUACAUUCUCAACUCUUUUUUAUCCUUACAAGAUUUUUUCUCAUCUUCAGACCAUAAAAAUUAGCCAAACACUCUCUCUUAGUUCUGGCGUACAUAUUAUUCAACAUAAAUUCCUCAAAGUGUAUAUUAUCCGUGUUCAUCUUCUAUAUUAUUAAGUCCUUUACUAUUAAACCCAUGAGAACGAGGAGUGGUGUUUGCUAUCCAAGAUUUAUUGCAAAUUUUGGUGAAUCGUGUGAACCAGAUGAUGGCGACAGAAGAAGAAUAUCGGUAUCAUCUACGAAGAAGAAGAGGAGAAGAGAUGAGAUUUUGGUGGCUGAACAGAUUAUUGGUCGUCGGCGGCGAGUUGUGGCGGAAAGGAUGGAUGGUCGCCGGAGAAAGGCGGCCAAGUUGGUGUUCUCUUCGUCACCUGCCACCACAGAUAGAGCAGAUAAGGUAGAUGGAGGAAUGGGCUGCUCUGACUUUUUUGAGGCCUUACCAGACGAUCUGGUUGUUUUCAUUCUCUCCAAGCUCACCGCCACCGCCACUUGUCCAGCCGAUUUUAUUAACGUUUUAAUAACGUGCAAAAGAUUUAAUGAAUUAGCAUUUAGCUCCUUGGUCCUCUCCAAAUCGUCCCAGAAAAUGUUAACUGUUAAAGCAGAUAAAUGGUCGGAAUACGCUCAUCAAUUUUUAAAAUUAUGUGUCGAUUCUGGAAAUGUUGAAGCUUCCUAUAUCCUCGGCAUGAUUAGAUUUUAUUGCUUGCAAAACCGCGGGAGUGGAGCGUCCUUGAUGGCAAAGGCGGCGAUUAGCUCACACGCGCCGGCACUUUAUUCACUGUCUGUUAUUCAAUUUAAUGGGAGCGGAGGGUCAAAAAAUGAUAAGGAUCUCCGCGCCGGUGUUGCUCUCUGUGCUAGAGCCGCUUUUCUUGGUCACAUCGACGCUCUCCGGGAGCUUGGUCAUUGCUUGCAAGACGGGUAUGGUGUGAAGCAAAAUAUAUCCGAAGGUAGGCGAUUUCUUGUACAAGCCAACGCGCGUGAAUUGGCCGCUGUUUUGUCGGCCACACCUUCGACAUUUUCAGAUAAUUGGUUGAGCUUGAGCACUCCGGCCAACUACCGUUUACAAGGUGACGGAAAUUGGAUGACAUUGAAUGCCUCAGCUCACCAACGUAACGGGGUUGUAGCUACCGGCUGCCCGUUGCUGAGUGAUUUUGGAUGCAAUGUUCCGGUGCCGGAAGCACAUCCGGCCAACCGAUUUUUAACGGACUGGUACGCAGCUCGGGGAGGAAAUCCGGGUCCGGGAUUGAGGCUGUGCUCACAUUCGGGAUGUGGACGGCCGGAGACUAGGAAGCAUGAGUUCCGGCGGUGCUCCGUUUGUGGGUCAGUGAAUUAUUGCUCACGCGCUUGUCAGGCGCUUGAUUGGAAGAUGCGACAUAAAGCUGAGUGCACACCAGCCGAACAAUUGAUAGGCGAGGAAGGAGAAAACAUGGACGGAAAUGUUGCCAACGUUGACGGUGACGUUAACGGAGAAAUUGACGGCGAUGACAUGGAAUACGAGCAAGAAGAGGGAGAGGAAGAUGAUAACGUACAUGGCAACGUUGGGGAUGAAGAAAUGCGGGUGGAAAUGGAUAGUUGAGUUGACGGCGUGAGACUGUGAAUGUGACGGUAACGGCACGUGAGUCUUUGGUAAAAUUAUGGAAGGAGAAGAAAACAAAAAGAAAAGAAAUUAGGCAAUUUUGUGUGGGAACAAAGGAAAAAAAAGAGAGGAAAUAUUCGAUCAUGAGCCUUGUAAAAAAAGAAAAAAAGAAAAGUAAAUUCGGAAGUUGUCACAUUCCCUGCUCUAUUUCCCUUCCUUUGGAAAAAAAUUUCUUUAUUUUUUGUGAAUACAAUCUAUAUUAUUGAUUUUGUUAAAUAUCGUUUGAAAAGUAUGGAACAAAGGUUAAAAAUAGAAAUUUGAAAAUUUAUUUUGAUGUUUGGAAAUUAAUCUUUUUUUACUACAUAUUUUUG